AUGGAAGAUACCAAGCUUAGUACUCCCUCUACGACCAUCAUCUCCGGCAACCCUCCAGUAUGCUACGACUCCGACCCCUCCAGCCAACCACUCCGCUACAACAAAAGUCUCAACUCCCGCAUCCUCAACCCCUCCUCCAACAGCGAACUCGAGGUCUCCGCCCGGCGCACCAGCAUCCCACAUUGCAACGAUACUGAAUUUCUUAUUGUCAGACCAAGAAGAGAAGACAAAAUACCCAAUGAACGAGCGCUGCCAGCAUGUCCCAAUGUGAUAGUCAUACCAAAAACUGCAUCUCGCUUGCAUCGGAUAUUGUAUCUCUCCACACCAAAUAAGCGCAACAAGAAGCUUCUAGCUUGCAAGCUAAGUGUCGAAAACUACAGCGACGAAGAUAAUACCAAUCACCCGGGUCCUACCACACGUUGGAAUGUCACUGAGCUGGAAUUUGAAGAUUUGAUCGACAUGCUUAGUGCCAAUGUCGCAAGCGAAGAUCAAGCUCGAGCUAGAUGGCGAUCCUACCUUGGCCAGGAAACGAAGCAAUAG